CUUCCAUAAGCUUCCGCUUCCACGUAUCCGCUUCCGUUUCCAUGUAACAUAGAUCUUUAGUUUAUCUGUUACAAAAGCGUGAUAUUAAUUGUUUUGUUGUUAGCUCUUACGUACGUUGGCAUCUCAGUCGUUGUAGUAUAGUGGUAAGUAUUCCCGCCUGUCACGCGGGGACCCGGGUUCGAUCUCCGGCAACGGCGUCUCUUUUUUUGUUAUUUUUUAAGAAAUUUGAAUAUUUUCAUGAAAAUGAACAAAAACAAAAUGAUGGCUUCGCCCGGGUUCGAACCGGAGACCUUCAGUGUGUUAGACUGACGUGAUAACCAACUACACCACGAAACCUUUUGCAUAUUAGGCAACACAGCAACUUUCAGAUCCUUCAAGUAUCACUAGACUUGAGGAACUGGCUUUGGAACACUGGACAAGACUAAAAGGCAUUCCAAAAUCUAUUGGAAAAAGGUCAAAACUAAAGAAGCUCAAGUUAUCUUAUUGUGGAGAGCUUAGAAGUGCCUUCAAGUGUUUUACAUGAAAAUCUACAAUGCAGCAGCAUAUUGGACUGGAGUUUGCAGAUGCAAAAGUGAAAGUGGAUGCACUUAUAAACAUAUCCAUUGGUGGAGACAUAAGUUUUGAGUUCUGUUCAAAAUUUAGAGGAACUGCUGAAUACAUCUCUUUUAACUCUGAUCAACAUUUUUUGUCAGACCAGCUCAGCCAUUUAACUAAGUUGACAAAUUUAGAUCUCAGUGGCCAUGAUUUUGAUAAAUUGCCAUCAAGCAUCAGAGAUCUUACAGCACUGGUAACUCUUUGCCUUAAUAACUGCAAGAAACUUAGAUCAGUGGAAAAGCUCCCACUGAGUCUUCAGUUUCUUGAUGCACACGGAUGUGAUUCCCUUGAAGAAGCUGAUUCUGUAGAACAUUUUAGAGACAAACCAAACAAACAGGUGAAUAUUUAUACUCUGGUUCCAGUCUCUACUAUAAUUUUUGUAGUCCUUUUUUGAAACUAUGCAUCUCCUUUUGAUUUAUAGGUACAGCAACGAACCUGAUUCAAAGAAACUGAGAUGCCCAUUGAUGUACUGAAUCAUCAAAGCCAGAAGGAUCUGCCAUAUCAUCCACCUUGCCAAGACAACACCUGCACUCAUGUUUCUAGGCAUUCCUAUCUUUAUCACCCUAGUGGCUGUUCUUGUCGUCUCUCUCCUGCGUGCUUUCAAGUGAACCUCAAGGCUCAAAACAAGAGAGGUCUCAUUCAAACAGUCAACAAACGACUUCCUCAAGGCUUAAGGUAUCUGGAAGUAGAACAAACUGAAUGCAUGCAAGUCAAGUACUGAACUCCCUAUAUAUACUAGAUUACUGUGUUAUUUUUUUUUUGUCAUCUGAAAGAUUAUAUUAUCACAGGUGAAAUACAGUCGAAACACACCUAAGCCGGCAAGAAACAUUUUUCUUCCGGAGCCAUAAGCCGGCAAAGAUCGAAAUCUUUCCAGAGCCAUAAGAGAAAACUACUAGACAACUAAAAACGAUUUACAAGAAACUCUAAUACAUAAGCCAAAAUCCAAAACAUAAGCGAAGGAGUAGCGUUGAUGAUUGCAGUCCAAAACGCAGAGCACAUCGAUCUCCAAACGAAGGAUAGAGACAGGUCCAAGAGACUUCAUAGAGAGGGGUAGGGAACCUGAAAAAGAUUCCUAUCCAAAGAGCCAAAACAUAAGGGUGGAGGAUCCUCAAAGUUCCCGCAGCAACGAUCCGGUACUUACAUCAGUCCGUCCAUAUAGUAACAUAGGUGAGCCCAAAUGGAUCUUCAAGGGAGACACGAAUACUGAAGCACUCCAAAGAAACUUACACACUGAACAUGGCUAAAUAAGAGUUCUUGUAAACCAUCUAAAACCGAAGAUGAAAUGUUUCUGCUGGAUAGAAGAGCCAAGAAACCUCUGAUGCCUCACUUGAGAGACUGCCAGACCAAACCCGAACAAUGAAGAACCCACAUCUGAACCAGCUAAAAACGACCACUGCGAACCAGAAACCAGAUAAGGUCUAACACUGGCAGCCCAAACCAAGCAGAAUAACACCAUAAGAAACAAGGCAACAACACUGAGUCGACUCAAACGAGCAUAAAACCGAAAAGAAACCGCUCAUACGAACAGGUUAAACCCGGCUAAUAACCAUGAACAAACCAGCAGCAAACACAUACAUCUUUACUAAGGGAUACCAAAAGCUAAAGACAGAGCCAACAGACCGAUAGAAGCUGAAGACUAGGGCCUUCACUCCAACGCCACAGCAGGGCAACCACAACCAACCAGAUUCAACCCUCUUGGAUCUAUAAUCAGCUUUAUGCCACCGACGGAGAGAACACGCCAAGAUAACGAAGACGACCUCACCAAGAACAAGCCAAAACCAACCACAGCUCCACCAAACCACAACGCCAUUGCCGUCGGAGAGAAACCACGUCACCAACCCCCAUCGCCGCAACUCAAAAAUCUACAUGAUUACUAAUAAAGAGAGACAAAGGUGGAGGCCUUCUCCCAGCGCAGCGGAAACCGCCGGCCGGAAAAGGCCUCAGAUCUAGAAUUGUGAUAGAGGCUGCUGUUCACGAGCGAGAGAAAAAACUGAACAGAGUCGGAUCUCUUUCGGUCGGUUGCGCUUGACUUCGUUAUUUCGAUUACUGUGUUAUUAGAAAUACAUUUUUAAUGAAGAAACUCCUCACUUCUCACCAUUUGGGAUAAAAUCAUUUCUCACUUGAUUAGGCCCUUCGUUGACGAUAAUUAGGAAUCAACACAAUAAAAAGGCUAGGUUCUCUCCAGCAGAUGACACAUCAGCAUUUUUGAGCUCUGUGGAGAAGACAUGUCAUUAAAUGAAAAAACUUAGGUAACCAAUCAAAACAUUUCGUAUCUCCACAAUCAGAAAUCAACACAAUCAGAUCGAGAGAAGCUCUUUCUCUCUCUCUCUUCCUCUUUCGAUUUAAUCGCUGUCUCUCUUCCUCUUUUGCUUUGAAAUCGAACGAGGAUGGAAAAGUAGACAGCGAAGAAGACAGGUGCUGAAGAACUUCAGACCCAAUCACCACGCUCUUCUCCGGCUUCUCUUCACCACUCUCCUACGGAUUCUCUUCACCACUCUCUUUUCUGGCUUCUCUUCUCCAUUUAGCUGCCGUCAAUGUCAACUUAGAGAGAUAGAACUCAGCCAUGUUUCUCCUCCUUCCCUGAUGAUCUCUCUUCCUCCAUGUCACCUCUAUAUUGUAUUAGCGUGGAGAUUCAUUUAGCAUCACCAGCCACCUCUCCUCAUCUCACUGGAGCUAUUGUCUCUCACCGGGGAAGCCGUUUUUGUUGUGAUCCUUAUCAUUGUGGGAUCGUGACCAAAAUGAAAUGAGAAGUGAAACCGGAGCCGUCACGUUCCAUCAGGACCAGCCACCGAUCCGAGCCCCAUUAACCAUCCAUCACGGGAGAGCCGCCUUCGUGAUGUCACCACCUUUGCUUAUGGGUUUUGGUUAUGUCUCUGAGAUUUUAUUAAAAUUGUUAUCAGAUUAAGAGGGAGAUUUCGACCAUGAAACUCGUUCGUCAUCCUUGUGUUGUUCAUCUUUACCAGGGUGCACAAAUAUUUACAUCCUCUUGGAGUAUAAUACAUGUGGUGAUUGGUGAAUUGUUUAUAGAAUUGCGAAUUAUCUAGCUCUCGACUCAACUACUUCAGUGAACACCUUUCUAUUAGAACCAAUAAUCGCUUGAAGAUGGGGCCCAUGGUUACUUUCAGUCCAAAGUUUAUAGGUGAGGUUAAGAUGAGUGAUGAAGCUGUUGCAGACCAAAUCUAGAGGGAGUAAGGGCAUUUCAAUAGCAAGUAGUUACUGUUUUUUGUCCCACUGAACAGAACAAUCAAGUGGCAGGCUAUAUCCAAAUUUAGAGGGAAGAGUAAACACACAAGAGUAUAAUGUGUUACUGGAAAAGCGAGCUGAUUCCAUAUUUUCUGCUACCGAGAGAGGUAGAUAUGUUUUCCGCUACAGUUGAAAGACACGUUUCUACCUUUGUGCUUCUUAAUAUCAAGUGUUCAUCUUGGUUAAAAUAACCUUUUGGCUUUUUUAUAACAUUGUUAGUUUGGGAAUUUUUUUAAAAAAGAAUGAAAAACAUCUCAAAGGACUAAAAUAAGUAUGUUUUCAAAUUAAUAUGUCCAAUCAAAUAUUCAAAUAGGCAAGUUUGUGGAUUUUCAAACAAUUAUUUAAUCUCUUAAACAAGAGAAUCUCUCAUUUUAUUCCUUUUGUAUUGUUUUUAUUAAAAAAAAACAAAUUAUUCCAUAUAUCCAACAAUCAUAAUGUUAUAUUAUUGUUUUUAAUCAAAAGUACCAAAUACUAAGUUAAUAUUUAUAACUUUUACUUACUUAUCAAAAAUACUUUAAAAUUAUUUUAUUCUUGAAAACUACUAAAACAUCACCAAAGUUAAUAUUAUUUAAAUAGAUUGUAAUUUUUUAUUAUUAAAAAUUGAAAUUUUUUCUUAAAAUAUUUUAUGUGUUAUAAUUUUCCGCAGCGUAGCGCGGGUUUCGACCUAGUCAUAAUAAUCGCACUAAAGUAAUAGGCCACAAAGAGAUAAUGUAAGGUUAAUAGAUAAUGCCAUACUUUUCUAUUAUUUUCUAAUUAAACUAAACGUCUGGACUAAUCAAGGAUUAAGAUCAUUGACUUUUUGUUUGGAACCUAGCGAGAUGGAUUAUCUGACGUGGCCAAAAACAUUAGCAAUCGAAUAAAAGUCAAAGUAGUAUUGGGAAAAAGAAUUAAGAAACAAGCAGUAGCAACAAAAAAAGCUACUUAAAAAAGGUUAGGUGGUUGGAUAAAGAUAAAAUUGCUGUGCAUAAAGAUAUGAGUACAGAGUACUUAAAAUACAUGGAUGGAGCAAUUACUCUAAAGAUAUUAAUGGAGUUCAAAAAGAAAAGAUAUUAAGUGAAGUAAGGUCAGAGAGAGAGAGAGAGAGAGAGAGGAGACCAAGGCAUCAGAAGACAUACAUUUAUACAUACACAACACAUGAGACACUCUUUGAGUAUCUAUCUGACUGAAAAAGAGAGAGAGCAAGAAGGUGAGAAGCAGAAACCAUUCUGAGUUAGUGUUCCUCGUUCGUUCUUCAUUGAAUCCAUAAGCCAGUAAGCUAUAUAUUUUGGCCUGAGUCACAUGGAUAAGAAAGAUUCAUUUACUACGGCUCAUUCAACUCCACCAUACCUGAACACUUCCAUCUCAUGGGGACUUCCAACUGAAUCUAAUGUUCACAGUUAUGAUGUGACUGAAUCACUGAGUUUGAAGGUGCAUGCGAGAUCAAAACAUGUACUUAACCCAACUAAAAUCGGUUUCCAGGACAAGGAUUCUUCUUCAACUCAGUCCACUGAUCAAUCCUCAACUGAAGUUGCAACUAGCGCAGAUGAUGAUGAUGAUGAUGAUAACCCUUCAAGACAAAUUUCAUUUUCAGCACAACCAGAUGUUUGUAGAGGCUUUGAAGAAACUCAAAGGAAGGUAAUUCCAAAUAAUAUAAGAUCAGGCUCCUCCCACACGACAAGAAUCUCAGAUAUUCACUUUGCUCCUGGGAAGGCCAACUUCUUCUUUCCUUGUGCUGAUCCACAUUUUGGUGGUUACCUUCCACAUGCAACAGUAUGGAAUCCCCAAAUGGUGGGUCGGGUUCCUUUACCACUGGACCUCAUUGAAGAUGAGCCUGUCUUUGUCAAUGUGAAGCAGUUCCAUGCAAUUAUGAGGAGGAGGGAGCAACGUGCAAAGCUAGAGACUCAAAACAAACUAAUCAAAGCGCGUAAGCUGUAUCUUCAUGAAUCUCGACAUGUUCACGCUCUUAAACGACCUAGAGGAUCUGGUGCAAGAUUUACCAAAAAGUUUCAAGAAUCUAGAGAGCCAAAACAUGACAUGUCAAUCCAACAAAAAGACACCAAGGGAAACAUGUAUGGAUUCGUGGCUCAUCAGCUGCAGAUCAGCAACGACCUUGGUUGUUCAACCACAUCUGGAUCCGACAUAAUCUCUGUUUCUGACGGCAUUGAGGCAAAUGCAUGGAGGUGGGAACACACACCACUUCUCUGUCCAUAUCUGAGACGGUUGGAAUCUGGUGCUGUUUAUAUUCCCACAAAAGGGAAGUCAUCCUUGGCUGUUAGUUCGCUUCUUCUUGGCUUUUAUUUUAUUUCACGUUUUGAACGAUGAAAAAAAGACUUCAAGCUUCCUAUCUUGUUUUGUUUUUUUGUACCAUGAAUCAUAUGUGGUUAACUCUGUGAUAGUCUCUUCUCUUUGAUUUCCCAAAAUU